AUGGAUCAGGCAGCGUUUGACGCGUUGAUGCAGCAAGUGGCGGAGAUGUCGGCAGGCAUGAAGGCGUUAACGACAGAGGUGGAGAGACUACGUGAAGAAAACAACGAGCUACGCCAGGCGCGAGGUGAAGCGCGCCAGGAGUCGCCCGCUGAAGAAGGCGAGAGCACUGGUCAAGCGGUGAGCGGCAAUCCGUUGGAGGAGCUCACACGCGGCUUCGAAGAAGAAGAUAGGCAGCGAGCGGCGGCAGCGACAACAGUUGCAGUGACAACAAUCAAGAUAAAGCCUACGAGCCCGCCCCCGUUCAACCCUACCGACAAGAACACUACUGUUAAGGGGUGGUUGUUCGGCGUGGAGGUGUUCUUCACUGCAGCGAACGUCAACGACGACGCCACGCGUAUUAAUUACGCGGUAUCGCUUCUGCGAGGCCCGGCGCUUGAGUGGUGGCGACGAACCUUGGACACGGGGACCCCGACAGGUGUGACACAUGCGGCAGACGGGACUUCGGACUCUGCUAUUGGGAGGGCAUCAUCGAUAUUCGGUGUGGCCACAAUUCGCACGUGGAAGCAGUGGGGCGCAGCCUUACGAGAGCGUUUCGAGCAUGUAUCCGCCUCGGAACACGCUCGCAUGAAGCUGCGUACCUGGUCACAGUUGGCUUCUGUUCAAGACUACACAGCGUCGUUUAUGGCGCUCGCGGAUCAAGUGGACGACAUGGCGGAAGCUGAACGGUUGGAUAAAUACAUCAGCGGCUUGAAGUAUGAGAUACAGUACGAGGUGCGCCGCAGCCGUCCAGCAACAUUCAACGAAGCCGUCCGAUUGGCCGAGAGCACAGACGCGCUGAUGCAGUGGGCGAGAUCGAGUUCUCGGGAGGGAAACCGAUUUCGUGGACAGACCCAGCGGGCCACGAUUAACGGAGUCCAUGCGCCAGACCGCCCUUUUACAGGGUUGUGUUUUAAGUGCGGGAAGCCGGGCCACAUGUAUAAAGACUGCCCCGACAGGACGCAGGGAAAGAGGAACGGUGGGAAGGAGCCGGGAAAUGGGAAGAGUCACCAUAGCCUCUUCAAUCUGGCGACAGCAAAAAAAUGCAAGUUGCAGCUGGACAGGUGUCUGCCCGAAAUUGACGCCCGCCUCGUGGAUGGGACGCCUCUGGCGAUUUUGGAAGAAACACGGACGGUGCGGAUUGAGUGCGGCGACAAUUUCGGCUUCAGCAUGAAGUUUCUCGCGACGACGUUGGACGGAUGCGACGUGCUCCUGGGACGCGAUUGGCUGCGACGGCACAACCCGGUAAUCGAUUGGACGACGGGAUCGUGCAGCAUCAGCAAGGACGGGAAGCUGAUUACUCUGCCCGCGUGGACUCCGGACUGCAUCGAGUCUACAUGCGUCAAAGCCAUCACUAUUACACGCCACGUCAACAGGGGUGCGCAACUGUUCGCCGUAUGCUUGCGCGAGUUGGCAGCCGACACCGACGGAAACGACAUCGAGAAGCUGUGCGCAGCUGUACCACCUGAUUUAGCGGAGCUGAUUCGACAGUACUCCGAUAUCUUCCCCGACGAUUUGCCACCUGGCCUGCCACCCGAGAGACCCGAAGACCACAAAAUCCAGCUGGAGCCUGGCGCGCAGCCGACUGUUCGCACUCAGUGGCGGUUGACUCAGCCCGAACUCGCGGAGCUUCGAAGUCAACUUGAGUCACUGUUGGAGAAGAACUUCAUCCGACCCAGUACUUCGCCCUUUGCCGCGCCGAUCCUGUUCACACCGAAGAAGGACGGCGGCAUUCGCAUGUGCAUCGACUAUCGCGCGCUCAACCGGGUUACCAUAAAAUCUCGCUAUCCCAUCCCACGCACCGACGACCUCCUCGACCAACUUCGCGGCGCUCGCUACUUCUCGAAGAUUGACCUACGCGGCGGUUACCAUCAAAUCAGAGUAUUCGCUGACGAUUGUCACAAGACCGCCUUCCGAACCCGCUACGGCAGUUACGAGUUCACAGUGAUGCCUUUCGGCCUCACGAACGCGCCAUCAACAUUUCAACGCACCAUGAACAGGGUAUUUCGCGACCUGCUGGACAAGUGUGUUAUCGUCUACUUGGACGAUAUUCUGAUUUUUAGCAGGACACGCGAGCAGCACCUCCGCGACCUCGACGCAGUGUUUAAGCGGCUACAGGAGAACCGGCUCAUCACCAAAGGCUCUAAGUAUGAGUUCUUUAAGCAAGAGUUGGAGUUUUUGGGGCACGUCAUCUCACGCGACGGCAUCAAAAUCGACCCGAAGAAAAUCAAGACCAUCCAGGAAUGGAAGGCCCCGACUAAUGUCACAGAACUUCAGAGUUUUCUGGGGUUUGUGAAUUAUGUCCGGCGGUUUAUCCCGAAUAUGGCGGGGAUAACCGGCCCGCUGACCGACCUGUUGCACAAGGAUAAAAAUUUCGUGUGGGGGGAAGAGGCUGAGGCGGCUUUUCAGGAGUUGAAGCAGUUACUGGUGUCCCCUCCGGUUCUUCGCAUCGCCGACCCAUCCAAGCCGUUCGAAGUCGUCACCGACGCUUCAGAUUUCGCCAUCGGCGCAGUGCUGCUCCAGGAUUUUGGCAACGGCUUACAACCGAUCGCCUACGAGUCACGCAAGUUGCAGGCAGCCGAGCGCAACUACCCGAUUCACGACAAGGAGAUGCUCGCCAUCAUUCACGCGUUUAAACUGUGGAGAUGCUACCUGACUGGCGCCGACGUCACUGUUCGCACCGAUCAUAAAUCCCUACAGUACCUUCGAGCGCAACCCAACCUCAACCCACGACAAAUCCGGUGGCUCGAUUACAUGGAGUCACACUUCCACUACAGGAUCACCUACAAGAAGGGCGCGAACAACAUUGCCGACGCCCUGACCCGACCGACAGUCCAAUCCGCUGCUGUGCUGAUCACCCAUUCGAACCCGCUUCUUUCGGGGCUAUUCACCCACGGCUACACUACGGACCCGUUCUUCACGACUGGAAAUCACCAGCAGGCGACGACGCAGAAAGGGAAUUAUUACCUAAAGGCCGGAACUGACCGGAUUUGGGUUCCCGCUUACCGGCUGCUGCGCGAACUCCUUAUUCAGGAGGUCCAUGAUUCCAACCUCUCCGGACAUUUCGGGGUUGAUAAAACCCAGAAGUUGUUGCACCGUCAGUAUUAUUGGCCUGAUUCUGCUAACGACGUGCAGCGAUAUGUGUCCUCAUGCAGGGUGUGCCAAGCCAUGAAAUCGACACGUCAGCGGCCAGCUGGGUUGCUGCAACCUCUCGAGCCACCCGAACGACCAUGGCAACAGGUGACGAUGGACUUUGUCACGGGGCUGCCAGCUGGGCCGUCCGGCAACGACGCUGUACUCGUCGUCGUCGAUCGCCUCACAAAAAUGGCGCAUUUCGCACCUUGUCGCACGACAAUCACCGCCGAAGAAACUGCACGCCUCUUCAUCUCCACCGUUGUGCGACUACACGACGUCCCAUCGGCGAUCAUCAGCGACCGGGACCCAAAGUUCACAUCGAAAUUUUGGAGGGAGACGUGGGCGCAGUACGGAACGAAGCUACAGUUCUCGUCGGCAUACCACCCGCAAACCGACGGCCAGACCGAGCGGACCAAUCAGACGAUGGAGCAGCUGAUCAGGACAAACUGCCCCGACCCCGCUCGCUGGGAACAUUCGCUCGCCAUGCUGGAAUUCGCGUUCAACAACGCUCCGUCCAGCACGACUAAUCACUCCCCGUUCUUCUUGAAUUACGGGAUGGACCCGGUGGUACCUACAACGACUACACUUGACAACCCGGUCCCGAGGUCACAAACAUUUGUGACAGAACUCCAAGAAAUUCGCGAGAAGGCUGCGGACGCAAUUCGCAAGGCGAAUACCACUUCCCGCAAAUACACCGACCUUUUACGACGGGAACUCGUCUUGGCAGCUGGGCAACUAGUACUACUGGACACGAAGAACCUGCACCUGCCCGGCCCAUCGAAGUUACGGCCACGAUUCUGUGGGCCUUUCAGGAUCCUCAAGAUGGUGACACCUGUCACCGCGAAGCUGCUACUACCCGACGACUGGCGUAUUCACGACGCCUUCCACGUCAGCUUAUUACGCAAGUUCGUGCCUGCCACAACAGACAUCGCGCGCCAGAACGCCGUCCCGACAGCUCGACCUGUCCCGGAACCGACACUCGACCCAUCCAUGAUUUUGGCGCAUCGUGUUCGGCUCGACGCUUCGGGGCGUCACGUGGACUUUCUUAUCCGUUGGACUGACCGCACCAGUGAGGACGACACAUGGGUGCCAUCCGCCUCGCUUGAAGCUUCCCCGCUUCUUGGUGAUUACCUCGCCCGCAAGCGAGCUGUGGAUGUUGACCACCUUUCUUAA